GCAGCUCCAAGAGUUUGAUGGCGGACUGAACGGCUUCGGCUUUCCGGAGAAGUUUCGAUUUACGAUCAAACAGCGAUAUAGUUUCUCAAAUAUUCGUCUUUUCUAAAGUCCAAGAUAAAAAAUGUUUAGUUUGGAGCGAUGGAGUGUUAUCUGAAGUGAUGAUUAAGGACGUGAUAGAAGAUGGACGACUACUGCUAUGCUAAGAUGGCGACGUCCGCUAAAAGAGAACAUGAAAGAGAAUCAGCGCCACCAACUUCCAGCAAAUCACCAACGGAGAUAAAGACGAAAGAUGAAGAAGAACCUCCGCCUCAGCUACAUGGGGUGAACUUUACUUUGAAGCAGGAAGCUUCACAGCCCCCGCACAUUAAAGAGGAAGAGGAGGAACUCUGGAUAACUCAGGAGGGAGACAUUAAAGAGGAAGGGGGGGAACUCUGGAUCACUCAGGAGGGAGACGUUAAAAAGGAAGAUGGGGAGCUCUGGAUCACUCAGAAAGGAGACUGUCUUUUAGGGUCGGAGGAAGCUGAUCUUACCAAGUUGCCACUGACUGUUGUCUCUGUGAAGACUGAAGACGAUGAAAAGAAACCACAAGUAGACAACCUCUUAGCUCCACUAUCAGAUAGUGAGGCUGAAGACGAGGUUGACGAACCUUUGAGCAGCGAUACAGACUGUGAAGGUGAUAUGUGGACUCACUCUGAGAACAAACACUCUGACUGCUCUAAAAAGAAGACCGGUAGAACAUGUUUGACCUGCUCAGUUUGUGGCAAAAUAUGUGCUAAAAAGAGACGUUUGACUGAACACAUGAGAACACACACAGGUGAAAAACCAUUUAAUUGUUCAGUUUGCGGGAAAAGCUUUUCUCAAAAGAGCAGUUUGACUCAACACAUUAGAACACACACAGGUGAAAAACCAUUUAAUUGUUCAGUUUGUGGGAAAAGCUUCUAUCUACAAAAACCUUUGACUGUGCACAUGAGAACGCAUACAGGAGAGAGACCAUUUAAUUGUUCUCUUUGUUGUAAAACCUUCUCUCAAAGGGGCCAUUUGGCUGGACACAUGAGAACCCACACUGGAGAAAAACCAUUUAAUUGUUCAGUUUGCGGUAAAAGCUUUUCUCAAAAGAACAAUUUGAUUGUACACAUGAGAUUACAUACAGGAGAAAGACCAUUUAUUUGCUCAGUUUGUAACGAGAGCUUCCUUAACAGACGCGGUUUGACUCGACACAUAAUGAAACAUAAGGCAGAAAAAACACAAUCUUUGUGAAACAUACUAAGAAGACCGAUUUAGUAAGACACAUGACAAAUCACACUGGAGAAAAAUGAUAUUUACGACUGCGAAUAGACAACCAAACUAUCUGUAAAGUAGUUGCCCACGUUACAUGUUUUGUUUGUACACAUGGUAGCGAGAUUGUGUAUAUCGGUGAUAUCAAGCACUAAUUAAAAUUUAGAUCUGAUCUCCACGAUUUAAAAUAAUUUUAUUGAUGUAUUCUUUGAGGAAAAUUUGAACCUCAGCACAGAGGCUUUUGUUUGUACACAUGGUAGCGAGAUUGUGUAUAGCGGUGAUAUCAAGCACCAAUUAGUAUUUAGAUCUGGUCUCCACGAUUUCAAAUAAUUUGAUGUAUUCUUUGAGGAAAAUUUGAACCUCAGUACUGAGGCAGCACUUUAAACAACACCAGGUGGGAUUUAGAUGAUAAACCGCUCACUGCUGGAUUUUAGUGCUGCUUUUGCACAUUUGACUAAAUAGCAUUAUUACCUGCAUUGUUAGCAGCCUCAUUCUUGCAUGUUAGUCCUUCACAAUAAAUCAAAGAAGUGUAAUGUCACGUGUGAGAAGUCAGCUAAAAAGUGAUGAUUUGCUGUGUGUAUGAUGCCAGAUUCCCUCAUGAGUUAGUGAUGCUAAGAACAGCAGUAAUCCAGACUGAUAGUGAAGUGAAGUGAAGUGAAUUACAUUUAUAUAGCGCUUUUUCUCAAGUGACUCAAAGCGCUUUACAUUGUGAAACCCAAUAUCUAAGUUACAUUUAAACCAGUGUGGGUGGCACUGGGAGCAGGUGGGUAAAGUGUCUUGCCCAAGGACACAACGGCAGUGACUAGGAUGGCGGAAGCGGGGAUCGAACCUGCAACCCUCAAGUUGCUGGCACGGCCGCUCUACCAACCGAGCUAUACCGUCCCAAUACAUUCUCAUUAUUGUUAUUUUUCAUCAUGUACUUUGUUUUUUACCAAACGUUGGGCAACUAAAGCUCAGAGUAUGUAGUAUUCAUCGGAGAAAGUGUUAACCUUUUUUAUGUGACGUAGCUCAAGAAGAUAAAACAGGAUCAUUUUAGAUAUAAUAAGAGAAAAUGAGGGGUGAGGCAGUGUACAUAAGAUACGUGUACAAAAGUAUAUAAUGUAAAUACUCGGAUGGUAGAAAUAUAUUUUUUGGCAGUUUACAUUUCACAUAAAGAGGAAGAUGCAAUAUCUGUGAUAAAAACAUUCAGCAGCAACACAAGCAAUCUAUU